AUGGCACAAGGCAAGGCACGAGAGACAAUCGUCUCUGCACCAGGCAAGGUGCUGGUGGCAGGCGGCUAUCUUGUCCUCGAUCCAGCUUACCCAGGCCUUGUCGUCUCGACUUCGUCAAGAUUCUACUGUCAUGCGCGAUCAGAAACCCCGCCAUCCUCUCCCAAAUCCCCUCGCGCAUCCGCGUACACAAUUAUUGUGCGUUCGCCUCAAUUCGUGGACGCGGUCUGGGUCUACCAAGCUUCGACUGUGCCUGCAACUACGCCCUCGAAGGACAACGAGCCAAAGCCAAACUGGAUCAUCGAGCAGACCGCCGAGUCACGCGAGAAAGCAGGUCGCAACCCUUUCGUAUCGCUUGCUCUCGCCUACACUCUGAGGCUCGCCGCCGAGCUCAACGGAUCGGAUGAACUCGAAGCCUUGUUGCAGCAAACUGGUCCGAAAGGCAUCGAAAUCACCGUAGCGGCCGACAACGACUUUUACUCACAGCGGGAGACGCUCAACUUGCCCGAAGGAACAGCACCGACGGUGGACCAGCUCUCCAGCCUCCCACCCUUCUCGCCGCAGAAAUGUCGCAUCAGCGACGUGCACAAGACCGGUCUCGGUUCGAGUGCAGCCAUGACCACAUCACUUGUCGCCUGCUUCCUCCUUCAUCUGCAAGCCGUCGUUCCCAAGGGUCCAGACUCGCUCGAGACAGAAGAUCUGGCCUUGAUACACAAUCUUGCGCAACUCGCACACUGCGCCGCCCAGGGCAAGAUUGGUUCCGGAUUCGACGUGAGCGCUGCCAUCUGGGGAAGUCAGCUGUAUCGACGUUUCGAGCCCAAGGUGUUGCAGGCGUGCCUCGACGAGGGUGAAAAGGUGUUCACCGAGGGAGAAGAAACAAAACAGGAGCGCGAGGCAAGGCUGUCGGCAAGGAUCGAGCUGUUGCCUGUCUUGGAUCCGUACAAUCCGCUGUGGGAGGCAUCUUCGCUUUCGGCAAGCGGCGAAUCGCAGUCUACCGCAACAGAAGGGCUUGCUGUCUCGUCAAGCAACCACCAAGUCCCCAAGCCUGCGCCAUUGCAGCUGCCGCCUGGCCUAGAUCUACUUCUUGCCGAUGUGGAUGCUGGUUCCAACACGCCAAGCUUGGUGUCCAAAGUACUGGCUUGGAGAAAGGACAAGCCGGCGUGGGCUAAGCAGCUGUACAACGUCAUUGCCGCUUCCAAUCAGGGCCUUGCUGAUAACUUGCUGCGACUGCGACUCUUGCAUGCCUCUGACGCUUCCGCUUACCAGCAGUUUGUAGACUCGACGGCAACACAGCGCUCCACCGAGUGGGAUGCGCUGCUCAAGACUCUGCCCCAAGAAGCUAAGGAUGAUCAGUCGAGUGCUGAUGCAGACGCAUCCGACCUAGACCUCCGCGUUACUCACCACACCGUAUUGCAAGCGCUGAUUGACGUGCGCAACAGUCUUCGCUCCAUCCGCGCCGGUAUGCGCGAACUCGGCCAACGCGCUGGUGUGCCCAUCGAGCCGCCCGAGAUCGGAAGUCUGAUCAAAAAGAUCAGCGACGAAGUGCCCGGUGUGGUUGGCGGUAGCAUUCCCGGCGCAGGUGGGUUCGAUGCAUUCUACAUCAUCUAUCUCAAGAGUUCGCAGAGUCCUCGCGAUCUUUCGCAGCUCUGGGCUCAGAUUCACGCAGUCAAGGAGGAAGCGGAGUCAAAGUUGACACUGGGGCCAUUGCUAUCGCGGGCGGGUGGGGCCAAGACCACAUCAGACGACGAGGGAAACGACGGCGUGGAUCAUUCGAGCCCUCUCUCUGAUCUGUUCAAGAAGCUCAAGGCGUCAGAACAGGCUGGACAGGACUUCGGGCUCAGGUUGGAGCAGACGAAGAGUGUCAAGGGGUUGAAGGAGGCUAUUGCACGGUGUGCAUGA